AUGCUCGACAGUGAGUUGUAUGAUGUGGUCAUUCUUGGAGCUGGCAUUGCUGGCCUGACAGCAGCGAAAAUAUUGAGUAAAGAGGGAUUGAAGACGGUUGUGCUCGAGGCACGGGGGCGUAUUGGCGGUCGAAUUCAUACUAUCCGUAUACCUAAUGAUGAUGAUCAAGGCCCCAGUUGUGUGGUCGAUCUUGGUGCAAGUUACCUUCACGGGUGUGUGGACUCGCAGAAAAUACAGCCUCUUUUCACUUUAGCAGGUCGCCUGAAAAUGCCUACAGUUACCGCUCCUGGAGAUGUCUUGGGCCCACAUCGAGGUUGGGAAUGCCCAGAAAUCGGAGUGUGGCGUGACAAUGAGACGGGAAACGAAAUCGGAUUGAAUGAAGUAGCUGAGGCCAGCUUUCUGUUGGAUCGUUGUUUGGUGCACGUUCUCAUGACAUGCAAAAAGAACAUCAGGCGUUUGGAUCAGAAGCAGACCCUGGCACAAGCCAUUAAGACGUCGCUGGACGUUUGUUUGCAUCUGCUGUUCAAGGCAGGAAAACGUGCAUCGCCAACGCUGAGUCUUCGUGAGCGGAAGAUCUUUGAUACUCUUUUUGCGCGGUACAUCGCAUAUGUCAAUCCACCCAACCGCCUACCUUUGGAUAUUCCACUGGGGCCGCACUAUGAGGCAGAUGCAGCUUCCGACUUGGCGUAUGACACAGAGAAUCCUUCAGAUAUGGUCAAACAGCUCUACAUCGACUGGUUACGUCGAAAGCGCGCUCAUCUCAGUCAACAUGCGUCGGUUCCUUCCGUUGCCCGUCGGAUUGAGCAUAAGUGGGAAGACAGGUUAGUCGUGCAGGGCUUUGACAAGAUGGUAAACUUCUUGGCAACUGGACUGGACAUCCGCCGCAGAUGCAUUGUUCGUCGAAUCGAUUGGACUAAAGUCUCCCAGGUGAAACGCAGCUCCACCGAACAGGCAUGCAAACAUACGGAAAGCGAAGACGUGAUUGUUGUCGAUGCUUCGACUUAUACAGAAAACGAUUGCUCCGUAGCCUCAUCGAGGCGGCCCAUGCAGAAGUUUAUAGCAAGAUAUUGUCUUGUUACAGUUCCCGUCGGUGUACUCAAAGGACUAGACCGUAGGAGUGCCAUCAAAUUCUACCCUCCGCUUCCUGCACGAAAACAGUUGGCCAUCGACCGUUUGGGCAUCCCUCGUUUUGGAGCAGAAACGCACAAUAAGGUUGUGCUCAAGUUCCGUGCAUCAGAUAUAUUUUGGGAUCGAAGCACGCCGCAGUUAAUUUGUCCCGGGGCUCGCCUGCACAUAUUGAACUGUGACUAUUACGGACAAGUGGGCACUCUCGUGGCUCACAUUUGGGGAGGCUCGAAGCUCCACACUUUCAACCGACCGAACGACGCUGUUGUUCAGGAGCUAUUGGACCUACUCUCUGGCAUGUACCCCGGUCAUUAUCCACUCCCCCGACCAAUAUUUACGACGGUGACUCGAUGGUCCGAGGACCCCUUCAGCUUAGGUUCCUAUACAGCCGGUGAAAUAGGGAGCAGCGAUGCAGAUCGGCACGCCUAUGCAAGCAGUCUCCCAUCUGGGGAUAAUCCACGCCUGUUGUUCGCUGGGGAAGGGACUGUAGAUAGCUCUGGUGGUCAGCAGUGCACCCAUGGAGCCUUCUUUUCGGGUGUGAACAGAGCAAUGGAUAUCCUUGAUGCGGUAACUAAAGCUCGCUGUCGUCUGCGCGAUGUUCGCAUAGUGGAUUAUUUGACUGGGUAUCGGUCGUACGCUCAGGCAUCACACGGAAUGCUUCGCCGUGCAAUGAAGAGGAAGUUGGAGGUUGAAAAUGAGAGAUUAGAGAGUUAUUUUCCGGUUGUUCGAAAUGCUUCUACGAACCAGGUACCUAGCAACAGGAAGCCAAAAAUUAAUGCCACCUCGAGCACAAGCAGCCUUACAGAGAGCACGUCGAAUAACUCAGUGGAUCGGGACUCCGAGCAAAACUUGCCAGCAGUUCCAGUGAACAGUCGGAGGUCGCGACGUUUAUCCACUUGGAUCUCUACCCAGGCAUCAGUGUCCUUAUUCGCAAGCUACAAAGCAAAUUGUAGAAAGUCACAGUCAUCGAGCAUAAGCAAUAGUACAACUAGCUUGACUUCGUUCAAAGAUGAUCUCACUCCGUCGAACUCUCCAUUGCAAGCAUUUGAUGCUGUCAGUGAAGAUGAGACGCGAGCCAGUGCGAAAAUGCACAUACAGACAGCCAAUCAUGCAUUGUCAACGAUAUCUACAGUUGCCGAAGUAAAUAAGGCAGACAGCUUCGGUUCGCAUCCCGUUUUUCAUCCGCCCUUAACGCUCAAUCUCAACUUGAGUUCAGGUUCGCAUAUGUCCUGCAUUUCGCCUUCAUUCUCGAGCACACUACUCCCGAAUCAUCCCUUAGUUCAGAGCGUGGAUCCUUGGAUGAACGUUUUUGUUCCCGACCCGCGACCCAAAUUCGGCGUUCCGGCUUUUCCCAAGUCAUACGACUGAGCCAACCAUAAGAUAAUCCGCUAUCCAUCACCACUCUUCUCUGGGACUUGUGAACAUUCAUCUAAGAUAGCGGUCUCACAACUCGUUUUGAACGAACUGCAAUCUCAUUGUCUUACAACACUGUUGGAGUGAUAUAUUGCUUUUGUGCUGUGACUGUUCUCGUUAUUUUUACCUCAUGUUUAUUCUACUUAUUUGUUAUCUCCUCUCCCUUCGUUGCUCACUACUUUUGGUUUUAUCCACCGAAUAUUCUCACUUGUGUUGUACAUACUUCUCUACUCGUUCUUGUAGGAUUUUGAAAUUUCUAGGUGUUAAUAUCGAAAACAAACGUUCUACUCACUCUCUCAGUUUUCACCUCGACUCUUCUGAUCCCCUUCCUCUAUCCACGUGUUUAUGAUGCGAAAAUGGUGAAGCAAUGUAAUAAACCCACAUUGUUUUGGUCAUUAUAACAAGUGACAGUAACAACGUUGUGGAAUUUAUCG